CUCCACUGGCAUAAAAGUAUUCCUUAGAUACACCACAGUAGUUCUUCUUCGAGUGUAGUAUCAAUAUUAGACCGACUUUUAAGAGCUUUGUAUACUUUUAUUAAUCUCAUGUGGAUUAACUCGUUAUUAUUACCGUCAGUGAGAAUUUUAAUUAUACCAGGAAUUGGCGUUUUGUAUUAAGGAUAACUAUGCAAGACUAAAGAAAACUAGAUGUCAUUAAUUAAGAUUAUCGCGUUCAUUAUAUAUUAUAAUUUUUAAUUUGUUUUCCUAUUAAAAUUAGUAUGUGAUUAGGUGUAAAAAAAAAAAAAAAAUGAAAAAUCAACGAAUAUGAAGUGGAAUAUUUCUAUCUAUUUAAGUACUUAUAUUUUAAUUUUAUUUGGAUACGUUUCAGGUAGUCCGAAAAAAAGGAAAAUAGACGAACAGCUAAAAACAUAUUUUGAAAAUUUAUCACAAAAUGUAUUUGCGUCUGCAGGUCAAAAUGUCAUGCUACCUUGUCGCGUGAGACAUCUAAAUGAUAAAGUGGUUUCGUGGAUUCGAAUGCGUGAUUUACACAUACUUACAUCUGGCUCAUUUUUGUUCACUAAUGAUGGUCGUUUUGGAAUACAUCACCCUUUAAAAGACUCUGCAAUUUGGAAUUUGGAGAUAAAAGAUGUGUCGCAAAAAGAUAUGGGUUCAUAUGAAUGUCAAGUAAACACCGAACCAAAAAUAAAAUUCCUUGUUAAUUUAACAGUGUUUGAGUCAGACGUUAUGAUCGGUGACAUGGGUGAAGAUUCAACCACGGUAUUAUUCAUAGGAAAUGGUAAAUUCGAAGAAAAUAAUAAAAAUCAAGAGCCAUCCGAAAGACGAAUGACACCAGGAGGGUCUGUAUCAUUUACUUGUGUCCUUAACCACUUUAACCAAACUCGCCCAAGUAUUCAGUGGAAUCACAACAAUGAGUCAAUUUCUAUUCAUGGUCAUAAAAGUAGCAUUAGUAUAGAAACGGAGAGAUCAUUAAAUAACUUCAUUAGCCGCCUCACGUUGGCCAAUGUUUCAAAAUAUGACUCUGGCAAAUACACAUGUAUUUCAGGACACCAGACAUCAAUUACAUUCAUCUUGCAUGUUAUUUUACCCGAAAAUGAAUUAGCUUUGCAAGAUGGUUUGAGAUCUGAGGCAUCAUCUAUCAUGAAUUAUUUUAAUUUAAUCGUAGCAAUUUUUCUAAAUACUAUAAUUACUAUGUAAAAUCCUUAAAAGCAUAUUAUACUUAUGACAAAUGAUGUUAAUUAAUUAGAUAUUUUUUAAAAUAUAGUUUAUAUACGUACGUUAUAUGACAUAGUAUAAUGACAUUUAAAAAAUAUCUUUGAAUAUCGAAGGUUCAAAAUGAAAUUUUAUCGAAUUAAUUUUUAUAAAAUUAAAGUAACAUUUAAAAAUUUUAAUCAUAGAGGAAUAGUUGUUUAGUUGAGUGGUUUUCCACUCAACUUAAAAACAGAAUUCAGUUCUUAUAAUCCUACAGAAAAAAAACAAUAGGUGGAAUAGCAGAUGUCAAAAUAUCAAGUGUGGUUAUUUUCUCAACUUAAACAUUUGGCAUAUAAUAAUUCACAUAGAGUAUGGGAAUAAAAACAGUAUUAUUAUACAAAACUAUCCUUCUCCUUGAUACUAAUUUAGUUGUGUAAAUACUACAAUAUAUAUAUGUUUAAAUAUGAAUAAUAAUUGUAAUUUUAUUUUGUUAAAAUCAAUCCCCAUUUUUUUAACCAUAUACAAAAAUAUACUACGUGUAAAAAAAAUAAUUUUUGUCAUAUUUUAUAAUAAUUGUAUUUAGUCAAGAUUUGUACCAAAAAUGUAAAAAUUAUACGAAAAAUAA